AGAAUCCGUGGUACAGCUUAGAGACCAACUUCAACCACUGUGAUCUUGGCAAGAGUUACCGCCGUUUCUUCCUUCUUCCAAAAUGGUGCACUAGUAGGAAACCGGCGGUGGCUGAUACUUUGCUGAAGCCGCUAACGACCUCGUGAUGAGUCUUGUCUUCGAAGCUCAAAAUCUGAGCCCCCGGAUUGCCACUCAAAACUCUGAAAUAGAUUUCUCUGCACUCGUGAGGUCAGCUUCGCGGCUUACAGCAUGAUACCAGUGACCAUGUGUGGUGACACUCCAGGGCUUCAGGGUUGAUGCAAGACAUUCUUGCAGUGGAAGAACCCUUGGCAUGUGAAGUCGGUCCCAGCUGCCGACCAGCUGCCAGCUUCUACCCCAGACUCCCAAGAGCUCCCAAUGCCAAGGCGGCAGCAUAGGGCACGUAGGACGUCAGCCUUUCAGCCUGCAGCUGCCAGCGGCGGACUCCAACAGCCUCACCACCGAUAAUUGAUAUUGACAAUCACCAUCACCACCCAAACUACCGCUGCCAAACAUCCACCCGGCAUUCACCCCGAUUAACUGCACACUUACCGAACGACGACGAUACCAAUCGAAUAUCGAAUUGAAUAACCAAUCUACAUCUCCAACCCAACAACCAUCGCCUUUUCCCCCAAAGGCACCUCCCAUCGACAGCUCCCAAAGCUCCCAUCCACCACACCCAUCCUCAACCAUGGCCGACCGUCAACUCACCACCCUCCUCACCCAACUCCGCACCCCCUCCCUCCCCUUCCCCCAAUCCACCACCCUACUCUCAAAAGCCAAACUCCUCCUCCUCCAGCUCUCAGCCCUAACCCCCUCCCCCACCGUCUCCCCCGCCAACCUAACCCUCGCCCGCGAGGUCUACGAGCUCGGCGCCCUCCACUCCCUCCGCGCCAAAAACCCCGACUCCUUCACCCGCUACGUCUCCCAGCUCCAGCCCUUCUACGAGCUCCCCCCUUCUGCUUUCUCCUCCCCCUCCCAAAACCAAAACAAAGUCACCGCCCUCUGGCUCCUCUUCCUCCUAACCCAAGGCCGCUACACCGAGUUCCACUCCGACCUCGAAGGCCUCUCAACCCGCGGUUCUGUCGCAGAAGUGGAAAACGACAAGUUUUUGGGGUACCCCAUCAAGCUGGAGAGGUGGCUAAUGGAGGGGGCGUAUGACCGGGUCUGGAAGGCGAUGAAGAAGGGGGAGGUUCCGAGUGAGGAGUUUGGGGUCUUGUGCGAGGUAUUGACCCCCCAAAUCCGCCGAGAAAUCGCCUCAUCCUCCGAGCGCGCCUACCCGUCCCUCCCCUUCCUCUCAGCCCAGUCCCUCCUCUUCCUCGACUCGGAAGGCGCCGUCGUCGACUUUGCCCACAGCCGCGGUUGGGUCAUCAAGGAUAGGACUAUUUACUUCCCCACCGCCGCUGAGCUCAACGCCGACGAGGAAGGGGAGCAGGAGCAGGAGAAGGAGGUUGGCCAGAUGGUGAUUGAAAACACGCUGGGGUACGCCAGGCAGCUGGAGACGAUUGUGUAAGGGGGGGCCAGGCAGACGUUGGAGAAGAGAGAGGCAGGCAGGCGCAUGGAAUUGGGACAGUGUCAGUCACAAAAAAAGACAAGGCCAGACACCACAGAGAGCGUUUUGCUUGCUGUAUUUAAUAUUGCUAGAGAGGGGCCGAUGGAGAUGAUAGAUGAACAAACGACAUACACAAACCAUGCAAAAAGCGUUUCUCUCACUUAAGAUUCCAUCAUGAUUAUUUUUGACAAACAACAUCACUCAACA